UUCGACGUGAGCGGACGUUUUGAGCGCGUGUGUUGUCGUGGCGGCGAUAAGAGAAUCAAGUGUUAUCAGUGGCGGCGGCAAAAAUUCAAAAAAAGAAAUUAUAUAGAAUCGUAUAUCAAAUACAUUACGAAAAAUUCCCCCGUAAACAAAACAUAAAUCAAAAAAUCCCCCACGAAAGCAAUUCAUCAAAUUAAAGUUCAUCAAAGUGCCAAACCGAAAAGCGAAUAAAAAAAUAUCUAUCGAAUACAAUGCAGCGCCACAAAAAGUGCUACAAACUGUGUUGAAAAAAUCAUUAAAAAAAAUUUAAAUUAAAAUAAUAAUAUAGGUGUAAUACCUUUCAACAUAAAAUAUACUUCAAAUCUAUGUGUAAUCGAAUCGAAAAUGGCAGACGAACAAAUCGCUAAUAUGGCAGCUAAAGAAGCCGAAGAAGCUACAAAUAAAUGGAUUAAAGCCAGGUCAACAUCAGCCCAGCAGAUGCCGCUGCUGCUGUUAACUGUGAUGGUUUUGGCCACGUUAAGUCACCUGCCUGCCAGGACGGAAGCCAGCAUGGACAGCUUCGGAGUGGCCAGCCCUAGCCUGGACAAGGAUCCAUUGCGGGAGACCAGCAUGAAUAUGAUCCAGCGUAACUACAUGGUGAUGCACUCGGCCAGUGGCUCUACCACUUCCGGGGAUCACAGUCGCUCCCUGAAACGGGCCAAUCUGGUCAACACCAACAUCACCUGCAACGAUGGCACCCAUGCCGGCUUCUACUUGAGGAAGCAGCCCAGUUCCAAGAAGUGGAUCGUCUUUCUGGAGGGUGGCUGGCAUUGCUACGAUCUGAGGUCCUGCCGAGCACGUUGGAUGCGACUGAGGCACCUCAUGACUUCCUCCCAGUGGCCAGAGACGAGAGAUGUUGGUGGCAUUUUAUCCCCACAUCCCGAGGAGAAUCCCUACUGGCACAAUGCCAAUCAUGUCCUAAUUCCAUACUGCAGCAGUGACUCCUGGUCUGGCACUCGCACUGAGCCAGUUACCACGGAUCCGGAGAACAGCUGGCGCUUCAUGGGUGCUCUGAUCCUCCGGCAAGUAAUUGCAGAACUCAUACCAGUGGGCUUGGGUCGAGUUCCUGGUGGCGAACUCCUCCUAGUCGGCUCCUCAGCUGGAGGGCUAGGUGUGAUGCUGAACUUGGAUAGGAUCCGUAACUUUUUGGUGAACGAAAAGAAGUUGCAGAUCACCGUGCGAGGUGUGAGUGAUUCGGGUUGGUUCCUGGACAGAGAGCCCUAUACCCCAGCGGCGGUGGCCUCCAGCGAGGCAGUACGCCAGGGCUGGAAGCUGUGGCAGGGAUUGCUGCCGGAGGACUGCACCAAAGCCCAUCCCACAGAGCCCUGGAGAUGCUACUUUGGCUACAGACUGUACCCCACUCUAAAAACUCCCCUGUUUGUGUUCCAAUGGCUCUUCGAUGAGGCCCAAAUGCGAGCCGAUAAUGUGGGAGCUCCCGUGACACCCCAGCAGUGGAACUACAUCCACGAAAUGGGCGGAGCCCUGCGCUCCUCGCUGGAUAAUGUGAGUGCCGUGUUCGCGCCAAGCUGUAUUGGCCAUGCCGUGUUGUCCAAAAGGGACUGGGUCAACAUCAAAAUAGACGACAUAUCCCUGCCCUCGGCUCUGCGUUGCUGGGAGCACUCCACGCGCCGCAAGAGACACGACAAGCAGGUCAAGCGAUCCACGGAGGCCUCCACAGCGGUGUCCAGUCCGUCGCAGUCAACCCAUCCGAAUAGCCAAAGACACCAGAGGCAUCAGCGCCAGCGGCAGCAGAAACAGAAGCAGAACAAUGUGGCACGAACGGAAAACCAGCGGAGGCACAACCACCUCAGCAAGGAGGAGCGCGAGGAGCGGAAGCGUCUGCGUCAGGAGCAGCGGCAGCGACGCAAGCAGCGCCGUCGACAGCAGCAGCGCCGCCAGGAGCAGAAAAAUAAGAAAAACAACAACAGCCCCAAGUCGAACACUGGCAGCGAGCCCCACAAGCAGCGACGUCGGCAGCAACUGACUCCGGAGCAGCGGCAGGAGCAGCGCAAGCUCAGACGCAAGGCGCAGCAGCAGAACAUGGAGUCCAACAUGCAACAGGAGCAGCCCCUGGGUGUGGCCCUGGAGGCGGAGGAGCCCCAGAAACGAAGAUCCUCCAACAACGCCUCGGCCAGCACCAAGUCGAAAAGAAGACAGAGGGUGCCACGGGUGCCGGAGAAGUGUGCCUCCCGUCUGCUGGAACGCUGCAGUUGGCCGCAAUGCAACCACUCCUGCCCCACCCUGACCAAUCCUCUGACCGGCGAGGAGAUGCGCUUCCUGGAGCUGCUCACAUCCUUCGGCCUGGACAUCGAGGCAGUGGCCGCCGCCCUGGGCGUGGAUAUGCACACGCUGAACAACAUGGAGCGGACGGAGCUGGUGAGCCUGCUAACACAGCAGGUUAGCUAG